UUUAUCUGAUUUGAUAUUAUUAUAAAAUAUCUGUAUUUUAUCUAUAUUAUAUAUUUAACAGGGGCUGUUUUUGCCUCUUCCACUCCCCAGGGCUGAGCACAGAUCGUGGCAUACAGUACGUUUUUAAAUCCUUGUUGAUUAAGUAAAAGGGAACUUUAAAAAAUGCAGAGAUCUUUGAAUUGAUUUUACUCCACCAAAUGCAAAACUUUCUAGAAAGCUGAGUGAGCACUGUCUUGCCCAGUGGAUAGAGCUGCCAGACCCAGAAUUCAAAUCAGGCUUGUGGCACUUCCUAGCUUCCUGAAGCUGGGUAAGUCACUUUAAAUCUGUCUCAGUUUCCUCAACUGUAAAGGGGGGAUAACAGGACCUACCUUGCAGGAUUGUUGUGAGGAUCAAAUGAGAUAAUAUUUAUAAAGUGCUUUGCACAGUGUCUGGUGCAUAGUAAGCACUUUAUAACUGUUUUGUUGUUGUUCAGUCCCAUUAGACGCUCUGCUUUCGCAUUUUGGGUUUUUCUUGUCAAAGAUACUUUUCCAGCUCAUUUUCCAGACAAGGAAAGAGAGUCCCAAGGUUACACAGCUAGGAAGUGUCUGGAGUGGGAUUUGAACUCAGGACCUACUGCGCUUUAUUCACCGCGCCACCUAGCUGUCCAUAUAAAUGUUGGCUAUUAUUAUUUUGAUAAAAGAUCUUACAGGUUUUUACCAGAUUGUGUGCACGACACAAGAAAAGGUAGAUAGUAGGAGCAUAAUAAAUGCUAAUUUCCCUCUUCCCAAUGGAAUCGGGUUAGGGUGAAACCAGAGACUCCACAAACUCUUAAGAAGUCUGGCUGCUCAUCUUGGCGCUUGAGCCCAUCUACGGUUCCUCAUUUCAAGCUGGGCAGGCACUUCACCUCCGGGGCUUUAAAAAGCCUAAGCUCCAGGCCCAAAAGCAAAGGUAAACCUGGGGUCGGGGUGCAUAAGAAGCGAUGCAAAAGCAACCCUCGAGGAAGAACACGGAGACUCACUUAGGCAGGAGGCCGGCGCUGCGCUGGCAGGCCUGGGAGCAGGAUGCUGGGGCACUGGAGGACCGCCCCAGGCUUUGCUAGAUCCCGGGGGACACGGAAGAGGGGAAACAGGAGGGCCCCGGUGACGACGACGGUGGCGGCGGCGGCGGCUCCCUGCGCUCCGCGGCCCGACCCGCGGGGGGCGGUAGCGGCCGGCUGCGGCGGAGUCGGCGCGGUCCCCGCUGCGCUCGCUGUAACGGCCACGGGCGGCAGCGAAGGCAAAGGCAGCGGCUACGGCCGCCCAGGAAGGCGGGAGCGAGAGGCAUCGGCCUCGGCGGGGGGCGGUGUGUGCGCGCGCGUGGGAGGAUGCCACCCCUCCCCCUACCCCCACACGCACACGCACACACAUCCGACCCCACCGCGGCACGCGACAGCGACUCCCCCCCCACCCCCAGACCCCCUCCCGCCCUUACCGUCCCGGAGCCCUACAACCGCAGCUCCGGCCACCCGCCACCCCCUCGGAGCUGAGCCCGAGCGGCGGCAAGGGGGUCACGGCGGAGGUCAAAGGGUAAAGGUCCUGCUCCCAGCAGCCUCCGCGGUUGAUACGUCGCCAUCUUGGAUCCGCGGGACAAGAAAAUUCAUGCGUACUGUGAGGAAAGGACACGACUCUAUGGUGAGGACUGAUGGACAUACAUUAUCUGAGAAAAGAAACUACCAGGUGACAAACAGCAUGUUUGGUGCUUCAAGAAAGAAGUUUGUAGAGGGGGUCGACAGUGACUACCAUGAUGAAAACAUGUACUACAGCCAGUCUUCGAUGUUUCCACAUCGGUCAGAAAAAGAUAUGCUGGCAUCACCAUCAACAUCAGGUCAGCUGUCUCAGUUUGGGGCAAGUUUAUACGGGCAACAAAGUGCACUAGGCCUUCCAAUGAGGGGAAUGAGCAACAAUACCCCUCAGUUAAAUCGCAGCUUAUCACAAGGCACUCAGUUACCAAGCCACGUCACGCCAACAACAGGGGUACCAACAAUGUCACUUCAUACGCCUCCAUCUCCAAGCAGGGGUAUAUUACCUAUGAAUCCUAGGAAUAUGAUGAACCACUCCCAGGUUGGUCAGGGCAUUGGAAUUGCCAGCAGGACAAAUAGCAUGAGCAGUUCAGGGUUAGGUAGCCCUAACAGAAGCUCGCCAAGCAUAAUAUGUAUGCCAAAGCAGCAACCCUCUAGACAACCUUUUACUGUGAACAGUAUGUCUGGAUUUGGAAUGAACAGGAAUCAGGCAUUUGGAAUGAAUAACUCUCUAUCAAGUAACAUUUUUAAUGGAACAGAUGGAAGUGAAAAUGUGACAGGACUGGACCUUUCAGAUUUUCCAGCACUAGCAGAUCGAAACAGAAGGGAAGGAAGUGGUAACCCAACUCCAUUAAUAAACCCCUUAGCUGGAAGAGCUCCUUAUGUUGGAAUGGUAACAAAACCAGCAAGUGAGCAAUCCCAAGAUUUUUCAAUACACAACGAAGAUUUUCCAGCAUUGCCAGGCUCCAGUUAUAAAGAUCCAACAACGAGUAAUGAGGACAGCAAAUCUAAUUUGAAUACAUCUGGUAAGACAUCUUCAAGUACAGAUGGACCUAAAUUUCCUGGAGACAAAAGUUCAACAACACAAAACAACAACCAGCAGAAAAAAGGGAUCCAGGUGUUACCUGAUGGUCGGGUUACUAACAUUCCUCAAGGGAUGGUGACGGACCAAUUUGGGAUGAUUGGCCUGCUGACGUUUAUUAGAGCAGCAGAGACAGACCCAGGAAUGGUACAUCUUGCAUUAGGAAGUGACUUAACAACACUAGGCCUCAAUCUCAACUCUCCUGAAAAUCUCUAUCCCAAAUUUGCAUCACCUUGGGCAUCUUCACCUUGUCGACCUCAAGACAUAGACUUCCACGUUCCAUCUGAAUACUUAACGAACAUUCACAUUAGAGAUAAGCUGGCUGCAAUAAAACUGGGCCGAUAUGGAGAAGAUCUACUAUUCUAUCUCUAUUACAUGAAUGGAGGAGACGUAUUACAGCUUUUAGCAGCAGUAGAGCUUUUUAACCGAGAUUGGAGAUAUCACAAAGAAGAACGAGUAUGGAUUACCAGGGCACCAGGCAUGGAACCAGCAAUGAAAACCAAUACAUACGAGAGGGGAACAUAUUACUUCUUUGACUGUCUUAACUGGAGGAAAGUAGCUAAGGAGUUCCUUCUGGAAUAUGACAAAUUAGAAGAAAGGCCUCAUCUGCCAUCAUCCUUCAACUACAACCCUGCUCAGCAAGCCUUCUAAAGACUUCCCUUUUCUUGGGGUAUGGCUGUCUCAGCACAAUACUCAACAUAACUGCAGAACUGAUGUGGCUCAGGCACCCUGGUUUUAAUUCCUUGAGGAUCUGGCAAUUGGCUCAUGCAAAGGGUCACCAUUUGAGGUCCUGCCUUACUAAUUAUGUGCUGCCCAACAACUAAAUUUGUAAUUGUUUUUCUCUAGUUUGAGCAGGGUCUGAAUUUUUCCAUUUUUUUUGGACAGCAGACAUUGAUCUGUAAUGACAAAAAAGUACACUGACAAAGUUUACCACAUAGUUUCCAAAAUGUAAAAAAGAAAAAAAAAACCCAGAAAAAAAAAACAAAAAAAAUCCCAAAAAAUUAGACAACAAAAUUUGCAUUGUUCAUUGUAGCACUAUUGGUAAUAAAAAAAAAUGUUUGUGCAUUUUUAUGUGAAGAUCCUUCUCGUAUUUCAUUUGGAAAGAUGAGCAAGGUCUGCUUCCUUCAUUUUACUUCUCCCUUCUGUUUUUGAAAGGCAGUUUUUCGCCAAGCUUAAAUGCAAGAAUAUCUGACUGUUUAGAAGAAAGAUAUGGCCACAACCUCUGGAUGGUUUCUAGGGUUGUGUUAUUACUGAGCUUCAUCUUUCCAGAAUGAGCAAAACACUGUCCAGUCUUUGUUACGAUUUUGUAAUAAAUGUGUACAUUUUUUUUAAAUUUUUGGACAUCACAUGAAUAAAGGUAUGUAUGUACGAAUGUGUAUAUAUUAUAUAUAUGACAUCUAUUUUGGAAAAUGUUUGCCCUGCUGUACCUCAUUUUUAGGAGGUGUGCAUGGAUGCAAUAUAUGAAAACGGGACAUUCUGGAACUGCUGGUCAGGGGACUCCUUUGUCGCCCUGUGCACUAAAGGGCCAGAUUUUCAGCAGCCAAGGACAUCCAUACCCAAGUGAAUGUGAUGGGACUUAAAGAAGUGAACUGAGACAAUUCACUCUGGCUGUUUGAACAGCAGCGUUUCAUAGGAAGAGAAAAAAAAAAAGAUCAAUCUUGUAUUUUCUGACCACAUAAAGGCUUCUUCUCUUUGUAAUAAAGUAGAAAAGCUCUCCUCA